ACAUAUGUAUACAUUCCUUUAUUUCUUAAUAUGCUUAUAUAUAUAUUUAUAUUUGUUCCUUUGCAUAAUCAAACAUAGACUUCGUAAAUUUCAUAAACUAAGAGUUGGUGCUAAUUGCCAAUUUCAAACUCGAAACCGCUAACAUCCAAAGUCGUGAACCUGGAGUGGAGAAAAGGAAAAUUAUACCCAUUUGUUGGGAAUUUGAAAGGAAGAUUAAGGUUAAAACAGAUGCCAAUCAAUCUGAUUGAUGCUGAUGGGUUGCCCAGAAUUCUGUUGACUGAGCCCAUGGGAUCAUCUGCUGAGGUGCUACUCUAUGGGGGGCAAGUUGUUUCUUGGAAAAAUGAACGAAGAGAAGAAUUGCUUUUCAUGAGCAGCAAGGCCAUAUGGAAACCACCGAAAGCUGUCCGGGGAGGGAUUCCUGUCUGCUUUCCUCAGUUUGGAAAUUUUGGCUCACUUGAGAGACACGGAUUGGCUAGGAACAGGAUGUGGUCACUGGAUGACUCUCCAGCACCUUUGUCUCCUGUAACUAAUCAGUCGACUGUAGAUCUGAUAUUGAAGUCCACAGAAGAUGAUCUAAAAACAUGGUCACAGAGCUUUGAGUUGAGGCUUCGAAUUUCUCUCGGCCCCGGGAAGCUCACUUUGAUUCCUCGUGUUAGAAAUAUCGAUAACAAAAGCUUCUCUUUCAUGUUUGCCCUACGGAAUUACCUGUCCAUAUCAGAUAUCAGUGAAGUGCGCAUUGAAGGUUUGGAGACACUAGAUUACCUUGAUAAUCUGAUGAACAGAGAGAGGUACACAGAGCAGGCAGAUGCAAUUACUUUCGAUGGUGAGGUUGACCGUGUCUAUCUGAGAACACCGUCGAAGAUUGCUAUUAUAGAUCAUGAGAAGAAGCGCACUUUUGUGCUGCGUAAAGAUGGCAUGCCUGAUGCAGCUGUUUGGAAUCCUUGGGACAAGAAAGCCAAGGCUAUUUCUGACUUAGGAGAUGAGGACUACAAAUCCAUGCUCUGUGUGGAUUCAACUGCGGUUGAAUCACAGAUCGUCUUGAAACCUUCAGAGGAAUGGAAGGGCUAUCAAGAACUUUCAACUGUAUCUUCAAGUUAUUGCAGUGGGCAGCUGGAUCCUCGGAAAGUGCUUUAUGGCUUUACCUGAGUGCAUCCCAAAAAGUUAACUCUUGAUAAGUUACAAUUUCUGCUCCUUUUUUACAUCCGCAGAGAUUAUUUUGUUAUUAUUCGUAUUCUGGCAGCUCAUACGGCGAUCUUUUUCUGUGGACUAUCUAUUACAAUGAAAUCAUAAAACGAUAAACUAUAAGCAGAUUGAUGCUGGUCUUGUAGGAUCUAUAAUAUAUAUGAGUGCUGGUCAGCAACCAGGAGUUCACGAAGAAAGAAUUGAAUCGUAUGAAAGUGUAUGCUUUAAAAUUCAGGGGAGAUUGAUGACAGGAGGAAGCUAUCUACAGAUUUUUAGUAUACAUUGCAUCAUUUAAACUGUUACUUUGUAUCUAAGAUGUCAUCAACAUCAGCUCAAAGCUGGAAAGUUAUCCGGCUGCUCCAAACUAGACAAUUGUCUGUGCUAUUUAACAAUAUUUUUCUUCUCA